AGAUCAGAUAGUCAGUAACCAUGGAGCAGCAUCAGCAGGUGGAGAGGCUGCGGGUGAGAUUGGUGCCCGCUGGAACGGAGGAGCGUGCCCGGAAUAUCAUUGCCAAUGUGGUGCUGGAGGAUGGCCUGGUGCCCUUCAUCGAUGAUCAUGCCGCGGAGAAGGUGACCCUGAUCGCCCAAGAGUUGGCUGCUCCAGUUCCUGGCUCCAGCCAGCAGCCACGCCUCCGGUACUAUGCGGUCGGACCCUCCACCUACAAGUUACUGUGCCCACUUUGUCGGGAGAGGAGCCAGGCGGCCGUGAUGAGGGCAGCCAGUUGCAAGGACGCCAGCUUUUGCCUCAGUUUGCUUUCCUGCAUCUUUCCACUCUUUUGGAUCUGCUGCGUGUGCACCUGGUGUGGCUGCAAUCGGGAAUGGACCACCAAGGGGGUUUAUUGCAGCUCGUGUGGCGGCAAAGUGGGAAUCCAACGCAAGGCCAAAUAACCCACUUAACGACCAAUUAAAAUGAAAUUAAUGCCAAAUAUUCCUACGUUCUAUAAUUCUAUUACGCGUCUAACUCAAUUAAAGACGCAUUGUAAAUCAA